AAUUCCCAUCUCCAGACGCUUCAUUAUCUCCUUCAAGAAUUUCCGGGAGUAUACUGGUUGAACCACAAAGGAGGAAAAAAUCAGCAAACACCACUACAUUUCUGCUGUAUCUACGGGUUCAAUGAAGGAUCGAAGUUGCUUCUCGAAAAAGGGGCUGACUAUAACAUACUCGAUAAAAACGGUAAUAACAUGCUCCAUUUGGCGUUUGAGUAUGGGAAUUUUGAGUGUAUAAGUACGUUUGUGGAAUUCUUGUACAACUUGUCACCCAAUAAGGCUGCUAACUUGAAGCUCAUCAAAACCUUUGAAAACUCCAAAAACAACAACGGAUGGCUUCCGAUAGAAUUGAGUGUCAAUUUUAAGUUGACGCGUUACUACGCUAGUUUCAAAGAUAAACUCACUUCAAGCAGCUCCAACUCCAAUUCUGAUUUGGACGAAAGUAUUAGCAGAGGAAGCUAUGGCACCAGUCUGUUCAAAGAUUCCAGUUCUAUGUUAGCUGAAAUUCCGUUUGUUUUGGGCUCUGACACUCGAUCCAACUUGCGACUAGAACCUGACUCAUCCUUCAGUAUUGACAGUUCUAAGUCUACCACCAACGGUAGCCCCAGUCCCAAUAAGAUCCUUGCGAGUCCUAUUAUCUCGGUGAACGAGUUCAACAAAAGAUCUCACUCCCAGAGUUUACCUACACAAUCUGAAGAAGACAUCUAUUCGGCACUACGACAAAGAGCCAAUACGACCCUCACGCCGGUGGCUUUACCUCUUAUACCUCCAACCCCUUCAGUCAUCAAGAAAAUCCCGUCUUUGAAAUCAAUAACGAUUUCUCCUUCUAUGAGGUUAGAUACUGAGGUCGACCCUAUAGGCAUCGAGUCAUCCUCUUCUAGCACUACAACUACUUCCAAUUCCUCGCCUAUUAAGACAACAUUUCCUAGUAUCAAAACCACUUCCGUCAAAACCGAUGUCAAGUCUUCACGCACAAGAAGCGACAGUUCAGCAGCCAAUGAAGAUACGGCGUUGGUCAACUCGCCUUCGUCAAUUGCUGCUAAAAUUGCCUUCAAUAGCAGUAAAUCAUCGGCUGCUUCUUCACGAAAGAAUUCGAAUCCAGAGCCAAGUCCGGUGAGACUUCAAAACUCGAACUCGAAUUCGCAAAUGAGAAGAGACAGUUCGUCCAGUCCUUUGAGCCACCAGAACUUACAACUGCCAGGCUCAAAACAACAUCUUUCACCUUCCAAGCAUAAGAAUUCCAUAAACUCUAUCAGCUUCAGCAGAGUGAGAUAAAAGUUUGAUCGCGCUUCGCGAUCGUUUCUGUAAUAUACCUAAAUACAUGAAGCACAU